UUUUACAAGCUUCAGAAUCUUUCUAUUUUUUUUCUAAAAUUUGCUCGAAACAUCUCAUUCUCGUUUUCGACCAAAGUCAAAAACAUGAGUAGUGAUUCUCAUAAACCCCAUGUCAUGUUCUUCCCUUUCAUGGGAUAUGGCCACAUGAUACCAACCCUAGACAUGGCUAAGCUUUUCUCUAGCAGAGGAGCCAAAUCCACAAUCAUCACCACACCUCUCAACGCCAAGAUCCUCCAAAAACCUAUCCACACAUUCAAGAACCUGAACCCUAGUCUCAAACUCGAGAUCCAGAUCAUCGAUUUCCCUUGCGUGCAGCUAGGGUUACCAGAAGGAUGUGAAAACCCUGAUUUUUUCACCUCAAGCAACAACACCGAUGAAAGAAACACCAUGAUGUUAAAGUUCUUUGCGUCCAUGAGUUUUUUCAAAGACCAGAUUGAGAAGAUCCUCGAGACAACGAGACCAAGCUGUCUUAUCGCCGACAUGUUCUUCCCGUGGGCUACUGAAGCUGCUGAGAAGUUCAAUGUGCCAAGACUUGUGUUCCACGGCACUGGCUACUUCUCAUUAUGCUCUGAAUAUUGCAUCAGAUCAAUGCAUAAACCACAAAAGAUGUGCGAGACAUUUAAGGUCUCUGAUCUCCCUGGUGACAUUAUGAUGACUCAAGGACAGAUGAGAGACCUUGACGAAGAAACCGAGAUGGGGAAGUUUUUCAUCGAGGUUAUAGAGUCAGAAGUGAAGAGCUCAGGUGUUGUUGUGAAUAGCUUCUACGAGCUAGAACCUGAAUACGCAGAUUUUUACAAGAGUAAUGUAGUGACGAGAGCUUGGCAUAUUGGUCCGCUCUCGGUUCACAACAGAGGAUUUGAGGAGAAGGCUAAGAGAGGAAAGAAAGCGAGCAUUGAUGAGGUUGAAUGUCUCAAAUGGCUUAACUCCAAGAGACAAGAUUCGGUCAUUUACGUUUCAUUUGGGAGCGUUGCGUACAUCAAGAACGAGCAGUUGAUAGAGAUCGCUGCAGGGCUAGAAGCUUGUGGCGCAAGUUUCAUUUGGGUUGUGAGGAAAAGUGGUGAAAACACAGAUGAAGAAGAAGAAGAAGACCAAGAAUGGUUACCAGAAGGGUUUGAAGAGAGGGUGAAAGGGAGAGGAAUGAUCAUUCGAGGUUGGGCUCCGCAGGUGAUGAUACUUGACCACCAAGCAACCGGUGUGUUCGUGACCCAUUGCGGCUGGAACUCGGUUCUCGAAGGAGUGGCUGCAGGGCUACCGAUGGUGACGUGGCCGGUUGGAGCGGAGCAGUUCUACAACGAGAUAUUGGUAACGCAAGUGCUGAGAACGGGAGUGAGCGUGGGAACGAAAAAGCAUGCGAGUAUGGGAGAUUUCAUCAGCAGAGAGAAUGUGGAGAAAGCGGUGAGGGAGGUGCUGGCUGGGGAAGAGGCAGAGGAGAGGCGUAGCCGGGCAAAGAAGCUGGCAGAGAUGGCUAAAGCCGCUGUUGAAGAAGGAGGGUCUUCUUAUAAUGACCUAAGCAGCUUCAUAGAAGAGUUUAGCUCAUGAUCCAGUUAACUCGUUCUUUUUGAGUUUGAAACUACUGAAAUGUAGCAGAUCAUUUAUAAGAUCAUUUUUGAGUUGGUUUGAAAUGUAGCAGAUCAUUUUAUAAGAUCAUUUUUGAGUUGGUUUGAUAAUAUGAAUUUUACGC